AUGUCUGAAAUAGCUUUUUCUGAAAAACAUUGCAAACUUCGCAAUAAUGCAAAUACAGUCUUGGAGCAGAUUGUGAAAGAUUAUGGAAUUGAAAAUGGAAGACCAACGAAAAAGCUGAUCAUUCACAAGUGUGGACAUCUGUGA